AUGUAGGAGGCAUUCGUUGGUCAUACUUAGAAAUCUUAAAAUUUCUAUACUUAAAUAAUAAAAAGCUAAGCCAAAAAUGCGUGGGAAGUCAAAAGAAGAAUAUCUAAAAAAUGUGCCUUCACUUUAAACCCUCUAAAGGUUCCUAUCAGAAGCAUAUAAUGUAAGACAUUAAAAUGCGUUUAUGAGUAAGAUGUCAUCUAGGUCAUACUAAAAAAAUAUGAUAAAGAUAAUGAUAUAUUCAAAUGCAUUCAAUGUGAAGAAGAAAUAAAAAAAUAAGAUCUAUUUUUCGAUUCUGAAUUAUCCAAAGCUUUAAAACUUCAAGGACCCUGCUACUUGAAAAAUAAUACUCAAUCCUAAAAAGAUUAGAAAUUAAAUUAUAUUAUUGUAAAUAAAAACAAUGACUAAGCUAAAUCAACUAUAGAAAUGUUGGAUGAAAGCUAAUAUCCACUAAUAGAAAAUUCAGAAAACCAAUAGCUCUUAUAAAUUUUAGCAUUAAGCGUUUACAAAUAGAGAAUGGAGACUCUACAUUUUUUAAUGAACCAAGAAAAAGAAAUGAGUCUAUAAAGGUAUGCUAAAUAAGAGUUUAGUCAAGAGAAGUAAUAUAUGGAUUCAUGGUUUAGAAAUUAAUGA